GAGUGGACAAGACAGCACCAUGAAGCUGACCCUGGACCAGUUAUCAGCCCAGCUCAGCUUCACUCCUCUGCUGCAUGUAGAGAACGCCACACAGGCCAGACUCAACAACAGUUACAGCUUCUACGACUCCCUCCUCCUCCCCUCAUCCUCCUCCUCAUCCCUCCUUCCCCCUGACUCUCUCCUCCCGUCUUCCUCCCUCUACCCUCCUGAUCCUCCCCUCUUCUCCUCCUCCUCGUCCCUCUUCCCCUCUUCCCUCCUCCCUCCUGAUGAUUCAGAGCUGACCAGUUUGUUAUGGACGGUCCAUGAGCCGACCACGGUGGCUCUGACACUCAUGUACUGCCUGUCCUUCCUGGUGGGGUUCGUAGGGAACAUCAUGUCAAUGAAGGUGCUGACCAACCGACGUAGCGAGAGGCUAGCCGCGGUCAGCGCCACACGGUACCUCCUGGUUAACCUGGCGGUGUGCGACCUGGCCGUGGUGUGUGUCUGCAUGCCCAUAACGCUGGGUCACCAGAUCUACUCGGCCUGGGUCUACGGGGACUUCCUGUGCCGAGCGGUCCCCUUCACCCAGGCCGUCUCCGUGUCGGCUAGCGUGCUAACGCUAACGGUCAUCAGCGUCAAUCGUUACUUCAGUGUACGCUGCCCGCUCCGCGCCCGCUCCCUCUUCACCCGCCGCCGGAUCCUCGGGACGGUCGCCGUGGUGUGGGUGGUGUCAUCGGCGAUCUGCGCCCCAUUGGUGUUCAUGAACCGGCGAGAUGAGAUCAGCCUGGGGGCGUCGUUUGUGAUCCCUGUGUGCCAGGAGGUGUGGCCGGGGCCGCGUCUGAAACAGGGCUACACCGUCCUGCUCUUCGUGGCGCUCUACUGCAUCCCCGUGACCUUUAACCUCACCAUCGGCUUCCUGACUGGCCGCCGGCUCUGGGGGGACGGGAAGCGGACGUUUACGGAACUCGACUCCCGAAGCCGAGCGCUGCACACUGAGCGCCUCAAGACGAGGAAGAAGAUUGCCAAAAUGGUGGUGUCCCUGGUGCUGCUGUUUGCAGUUUCCUGGCUGCCCCUGUAUCUGGCUGAGUUCUGGAUCGACCGAGUGCAGCAUCCGCCAUCUUGGCUCAUGCAGAGCCAGCCCUUUGCCCAGUGGCUGGGCCUCACCAACUCCAGCCUCAACCCUAUCUGCUACUGUUUCAUAGGUGAUCUCCACCGUGGGGCCAAGGUGUUCCGUACCCACUACCACCGCCGGAUCGCUGCUCUCUUUGGUUCCUCUUUCGCCAACUCCGCCACGACCACUGCCGCCGAGGGAGGAGUAGCCGCGGCAACCGUGGCCGCGUCCACGGCAGCCAUUCCCAAGUUGUUUACCUUUUCCAGGGCGGCAGGGGAGCCAGGCAAGAUGGAGGACGGGUCUGAUAACAAUCUGUCUGACUGGUACAAGUCCAGCCCCAGUGUGUGUGAGAAAUCCCUACUACCCAGUCAUCCUGACAGGCCACAAACACUCUCUAUACGGACCGUCUGUGGGGACAUAAUGGACACCUCCCCUUUAAAUAGAGACUGUGGGGGUAGGAAGGACACAUUCCCUUUAAGAAGACACUCUGAGGACGAACGAGGGGACACCCUCCCUUUAUGGCCUUUAGCAUCUGGGGACAGAAGAGACACCUUGCAUUUAAGACCGGCAUUUGGGGACAGACUGGACACCCAGAUUGGACACCUCCCUUUAAGGCAAAUCUUGGACAUCUUCCCUUUAAGCACUGUCUCUGUGGACAGCAGAGUGGACACCUCUCCUUUAAGGCAAAUCUUCCCUUUAAGCACUGUCUCUGUGGACAGCAGAGUGGACACCUCUCCUUUAAGACCAGAUGGUGGGGGUGAGAAAACAGACAGCCUCCCUUUAAGAGGAGACACUUCUCCUUUAAGUCAAGACUCUGCGGACAUUAUAUCAGACCAUAUAACAAGCCUGUGAACUCUGUGGACAUUAUAUCAGACCAUAUAACAAGCCUGUGAACUCUGUGGAUCGUCAGAUGAAGUCAGAGAGAGAGAGAGAGACAGAGAGGCCUUGGAGGUAAUCACUAAUCUAUAGGGGAGAUGAUCACUGGGAGGGAUAAACACACACACACAUCCUGGAUCGAUAGACUGUCUGUUAUAUCAUCAACACAGUGGGACCUGUUUCUCUCCCUGCAGCCAGUUGGGAAACUACACCCAUUGGCUCACUGCCUGUGAUUGACAGCCCACGGUGAUCCUGCCCACUGGUGUUUACAAAGCAGUUUAUCCUUCGUCAGUAGGGAUAAUGUGCAUCCCAAAUGGCACCCUAUUCCCUAUGUAGUGCACUACUGUUGACCAGAUUGGUACCCUAUUCCCUACACAGUACACUACUGUUGACCAG